AUGGCACGAUACCAUCUAGAGAUGUAUCGAGGCGUUGGAUUCGCCACGUCCAGGACAUUAAACUCUCAGAUGAAAAUAUCUCGCUGCUUGCAAACCUCUGCUUGUCAGAUUCCUUCUACCCAUACCGCUGAGGUCACUGAUCCAGUGCCAAAAACCAUCUUCUCAGCUAUUCAACCAACCGGUAUCCCACACUUGGGAAACUAUCUCGGCGCUAUGAAGUUCUGGGUCCACCUCCAAAAAACUGAACUACCCUCCACUAAACUUAUCUUUAGUGUUGCAGACCUACAUGCUUUAACUGUUCCACAGGUGCCAGAGCUGUUAAGGAAGUCCCGCCUACAAACGCUUGCUAGCAUGCUUUCUGUAGGGCUAGAUGAAACAAGAUGUACUAUUUUUAUGCAAUCAGAAUUUGGAACGGUCACGGAAUUGAUGUGGAUUUUGAGCUGCACCGCAAGCUUAGGAUAUCUCUCACGUAUGACACAGUGGAAGAGCAAGGCUAAUCUCAAUUCGAAUGCUACUUUUAAGGAAAAUAAUGGUAUCACGGCUAAGGCAAAGCUUGGUCUUUUCUCAUACCCUGUGCUUCAAGCAGCGGAUAUUCUAAUUCACAGAGCUACACAUGUCCCGGUUGGCGCUGAUCAAGCGCAACACUUAGAAUUUGCGCGUGAAUGUGUAACAAAUUUUAAUGCCACCUACUCACCAGUUCUCGUCAAGCCACAGACUCUACACUCUCCGACGACUCGCAUUAGAUCUCUCGCAAACCCAAGCCAAAAAAUGUCGAAAUCUCACGCAGCCAGAAACAGUCGGAUACUUGUGACAGAUACGAAAAAGGAAAUCAGGGAGAAACUAAACCAUGCCGUUACAGAUUCAGAGAAUGUUAUUAGCUGGAAUCCAGAUUCCCGCCCCGGCGUCUCCAACCUCCUCUCAAUAUUCAGUGCAUUUGACGUAUCCAGCCGUACGCCAGAAAAGUUGGCCGAAGACAUGAAAGGUCUUGGUUUGGGUGAUUUAAAGCAUCACUUGACCGAAACGAUAGAGGAAAAUAUAAAACCUAUUCGAGAGCGCUACAACACGCUGAUAUCAAAUGAUAAUUACCUUGAGAAAGUCGCCUCUCGUGGACUCGAACAAGCGAUUUCGACAGGGAUCAAAACCAUGGCAGAUGUCAAAGCUGCCCUCGGACUGACGUCAAGAUAG